GAUGGACGGACCAGAGUUGCCGCCAGCACCGCCGCUGCCCGUCGCGGGGCCUAUUUAACCGAGCUGGGCGUGCUGGCCCGUGAACCCUGUGUUGUUGAGAGAACUGCCUGUCCUGACAACAGACCUAAAUAAUCACCGGAGAGGCACAAAGACCGGGUUUUUACACAUUGAUAAUGAUUUUGAACUUUUAAUGCAUAAAGUGACAAUAGUGUAAAUAUCUUCAAUAUAGCAACCAUGAUGUGCUUUAUACCAGGUUUCAGCUGGAUGCUGGCGACUCUGUCGCCGAUGCUCGGGCCGGGCCUGGUGCCCCGCGAUCUGGACCUGAAGCUGCUGAAGGAGCUGACGACCGACCUCGGUAAAAACGAGGCCAUCUCUCCGUUCGUCAUGUCCACGCUGAUGACGCAGGUGUGGCUGGCAGCCAACGGCACCACCAGAGACGAGAUGACUUCGGCCCUCGGAAUAAAAGGAGACGCGUUCCUUCUGGGCUACCAGUCCGCCAUCGCUGAUCUGAAAUUUGGUCAAAGCUCCGCAACCACCAAAGUUUUCAACGGGAUCUACGCGAAGAAAGGAUUCAGCAUCAAACCUAAUUAUGUGUGCACUUUGGAUGCCUACUAUUCAUCGAAGGUCGAGCAGUUCUCCUCGGCAAAGGAAGGCGCCAAUGCGAUCAACACGGCGGUAGCCAACACCACCAAUAAUCUCAUUCCUGAACUGGUCACACCGGCUUCACUGGAAGGAGCUUCGUUCGCUCUGGUCAGUGCCCUGUACUUCAAGGGGCAGUGGUAUGAAAAGUUCAACAACACUGAUCCAGAAAACUUCCUCACAUCCUCUGGAGAAAAGACGGUUGACAUGAUGAGGCUGAAAAGUGACCUACCGUACAUGAAGACGAGUUCGUACGACUGCGUUUCUCUCCAGUACAGCAACUGCGACUACAGCAUGCUGCUGUUGAGGCCGCUGAACCGCUCGAUGGAGGCUGUCCAAGCUCUCAGGGACUCCCUGGACAAGAUGGACGUCCAAAGUAUUGCAAAUCAGCUGAGAGAAACCUCCGUUGAAGUGAAGAUGCCGCGCUUCAGGAUCGAGACAAAGUACGACGAAUUGGAGAAGGUUUUCCCAAACCUAGGAAUCAAGCAAGUAUUUAGCGCCGAUGCUGAUCUUAGUAAUAUGGCAUCAGAGAAGCUGCAAGUUGAGAAGGUGGUGCACAAGGUCGUCAUCGAAGUCAAUGAAGAGGGCACCGUGGCGGCAGGGGCGGGUGCUGUGGUUGCUUAUACCGCUUCCUUGCCGGUCUCGUUCAUCCUGGACCGUCCGUUCUUUGCCAUCGUGUGGAACUGGAGACAUAUGGUCAACAUGUUCACGGCCUACGUAGGCUCGCCGUGAACCUCUCCGAACAUCGGACGAUCUUUGAAAGCAUCACGACUUGAGCACGGUGUUCUAUGGAAAUAAAUAUGAUAGGGCUGUUGUUGAUUGAUUUGACUGUUUAGACUUUGGAGACUUUGUUAUGUAACUUGAGUUCAUGAGAUAAGAUCAUCGGCUUAAAAUCUAUCAAAAUAUUUGAAAUUGCUCGAAAACCUAUUUUCGAAGAGCUUAGCUGUGUAAUAAACGGCGUCUACCUAUAGCAUGUACCUAGCUA